AUGGCGGCCUACUGUCCCAACUGCACCGACAGCAAUCUCUUCGUGAGUGCUGGCCUGUACCAGUCGAACAAUGUGGACGUCAAUAUGCAAGGUCCCUCCGAUUGGGGUGGACUAAGAGUCCUCUCGCACCUUACAGGCGCCUGCUCCGACCCCGCGGGUUCCUCCCUGAACUGCAAAGCCACACUCCUGUGUGGAAGACAGUUAUCCUUCCCCGAGCCUCCGUCCGCGCCACCAGCAGAGCUGCAACCACCGCCGCCACCGGUCUCGAGUAGCGGCGGCUUUGUCUGCUUGUCAACGAUUCGCACAGAUUUCUGCACUGACAGAUUGCGGGGCUGCGGUGCGUUGUUCUCGAGCUUGGUGACCGAGGCGCUGGAGGGGGCCGCCUCCGAUGGCACGAACCGCAUCCUUGCGCUUACUGAUCCCAACUCCCAGAAAGUUCUAGAAGAAUGGGUCCGAGGUGCCAGUUACUCGACCAACAUCAUCACCUACGUGAACAGCUCUGCCCUGGUCGCUUCUUUGAACUUCAGCCAGUAUCAACUGCUAAUCAUCCCCGCAAGUCCCUCGACGACUCUCAACAACGCAUUAGCAGCCGUCAAGGGCCAUAUUGCCACCUUCAUCAACAUGGGUGGCAGUGUCAUCGUCUCGUCCCAGAGGUCAUACGAUUUCUUGACCAUUGCUUUAACUGUCGAACAGAAUUUGACCGCGAAUUUCGACUCCGGUGUCGCUACAUCUGCAAUGGCUGACUACUGUUCGGUUUGUAAUAGCAGCAACCUCGCCCGCAGCGGUGGCCUGUACUUCAAGGGUCCUUCUAAUUGGGGCGGACUGAAUGUCGUGGCGCACCUAACAGGCCGUUGCUCCGACCCCACUGGCCCAUCACAGGACUGUCAAGCCACACCCUUCCCCGAUACCACCCCAGCCACCUUCGCCCCUCUCAUCCCUGCCACCUUCACCACCGUCAUCUCCUUCUCAAGCACUACCCCCAUCUCAACAGCCUUCCCCGAUGCCACCCCAGCCACCUUCGCCCCUCUCAUCCCUGCCACCUUCACCACCGUCAUCUCCUUCUCAAGCACUACCCCCAUCUCAACAGCCUUCCCCGAUACCACCCCAGCCACCUUCGCCCCUCUCAUCCCUGCCACCUUCACCACCGUCAUCUCCUUCUCAAGCACUACCCCCAUCUCAACAGCCUUCCCCGAUACCACCCCAGCCACCUUCGCCCCUCUCAUCCCUGCCACCUUCACCACCGUCAUCUCCUUCUCAAGCACUACCCCCAUCUCAACAGCCUUCCCCGAUACCACCCCAGCCACCUUCGCCCCUCUCAUCCCUGCCACCUUCACCACCGUCAUCUCCUUCUCAAGCACUACCCCCAUCUCAACAGCCUUCCCCGAUACCACCCCAGCCACCUUCGCCCCUCUCAUCCCUGCCACCUUCACCACCGUCAUCUCCUUCUCAAGCACUACCCCCAUCUCAACAGCCUUCCCCGAUACCACCCCAGCCACCAUCGCCCCUCUCAUCCCUGCCGCCUUUUCCACCACCACUUUCCCUACCACCAUCCCGACCAUUCCCUCAGCCAUUGCCUCCAUGUCGCCUCCAUCACCACCAUUUCCACCCCGUCCUCGGUCACCUUCACCCCCACCCUUGCCACCAUUCCCGCCGCCAUCACCGCCAAAGCCGCCUUUACCUUUUAAUGUAGAGGUGGACUACAAUUUCGUGAAAACGUCUCCGAAAUUUAAGGACGAUUCACCAAUCGACUGCACGAAUUCAGGCGACCUGGCAGCCGACGUGGCUAAGGGAGCCAACCUGACCUCUCAGAACAUCACCAUCACCUGCAGGGCCGCAGCGGGCAGACGUCGAGGAAGGGCUGCACUGCAAGCCGCUGCUGAGGACUGCACCGCACCCAAGGUGGAAACCGACUUUAUUCUCAAGAUUGAUCCUUCUCGGGACAUCCAACAGUUCAUGAAGCAGCUGUAUGAUACUCUGCUGCAGUCCUUCAGUGACAAGGGGAUGUGCUCCCUGGGGCCGCUCAACGGCUCCUGGGCGACGACUGGAAGCUCUUAUCGCACCAAGGCUGUAACGGCUGCUACGGCGCCUCCUCCUCCAUCGCCAAGUAGCAGUAGUGGCGGCAGCACGAGUGGAAAAUGGAAUUCUUGGCUCGCUAUCACCGGCCUUGUCGUUGGCGGAAUAGGUAUUCUCUGCGCUCUGGUGGUCUUUAUCAUACUGGUGCUCGUUUACCGCUCCCGCAGGCGCCAGAGGGAACACAAUGCAUCCUAUGCUACUCCCAACGAUGCAGUGGUGGCGCCAGACGGCGUGGGGCCCUUCUUUGCCAGCAGAAAUGUUGUGCAAGCGACACCGCCAGAUGACCCGACGCCUGUCACAGCCAUGGCGCUUGGAGCGACUGCUGCCACUGCUGGGGCCCGCGGAGGUGAUGUUUCGCCCCCCACCCGCCGAGUAACCCCGACACUCAUUGACAAUGACAAUCUAGGAAGCCCUGCUACUGGCGCCGCAGCCGCAGCCGCAGCUGCUGUUCGUCCAGUAACGACCACGAGAGCCGCCGCUCCUGCUCCCGCGUCAUCAGUGGCAUCCGAUCACGACACCAAUACUGAAGUCAUGGGCGCCACGCCCGCCGAGUCCCAAGCGGUUGUUGUUGCUGCGGCGCCGGUAAGCGGGGCCUCGAGGUCCAGCCGGGGCCCACGAGAAGGGCAGCAACAGCAGCAGCAGCAGCCACACCCGCCCGCUAGCAGCAGCAGCAGCGGCAGCCGACGACGGGAUAAGCCUCCGAGGCCGAACAGAGACACCUUCGCGUUGGAGGUGGAGGUGGCCGUCAAGAAGAUCCCACCUCCUCCAGAAGAGGCUGAUGAGGACAGCGGUAUGGACGAGGGACGCUACGGCAGCAGUGGCAGUAGUGCCAUUACUGCCGGCGCGGUUGACCCGACACGUCAGCAGCAUCGGCCGCCGAUGUCCGGAAGACCAAGCGGGGCGGGUUCGACCUCGUCGGAGGCCGCAGCAGUCACCGCUCUCCCGGGUGGCCACGGGGCUACGGGAGCACAAAAGCGGAUGCGGCCUGCGAGCGCCGCAAGGAGAGCGGACAACAGGGGUUCCAGCAGGUCACCAGCUAAACCCGGUCGACCAGCCCCCAAGCCGGAUGACGAAAUUCGGGCCCCAAGCAGACUAAAACAUGACGAGCCUAUUAGUCCGGCGGGCGCAUUUUCACCCUCGGCUGCUCGUCCCAGUGGAAGCAGAAGCCAACGGAGCGCCCCGCUGGUGGCCGGGGAGGAGCGCGUGCUCUCGCAAAACGCCCUCCCAGAUGGGAGGCCGCGGCUGCCUCCCCUAGCCGUCCCGGCGUCUUCUGUUUACAACAGCACGGAGAUCACGGGCAGCAGCAGUCGAAAGCUCAUUUUGGAGUCCCCGCCUUCGGCGGUGACCGCAGCUGCACCAGCACCGAGGACGGCGCCGUCCCAGGUGGCCUAUAUGGACACCGCCUCGCCCCCGGGGACAACGGACGGCAGCGGCCGUGCCAGCGACAGUAGCGGCGGCGCCAGUGCCGGCCCCGGCCCGUCUAACCCGUCACUUCGACCCCCCCGGCCACCGAAGCAGCAGCAACAGCAGCGGGAGCAGGGGCCUCUUUAUCAAGGGUCGACAAAUGUCCCGUCAAGUACCAGUCGAACGGCGUUGCACGUGCGUAAAAACAGCGAUAGCUUCCAUCGUGAGGAGGACCUCACUGCGGAGUUACCCCUCCGGACUUCCGGCAACAACAGCUCUUCAGCAGCUGGUGCAGCUGGUGGCUGGCAGAACGGCAGCUAA